CAGAAACUUCUCUAUUAAGAAACGUUUCAAAUGCUCUUGUCGAAUUUAUUAAAUUUGCUAAUACAUUUAUUGUUGAAUUUGUUUAAGGAUCAAAUGCAUCACGAGAGACAAGUAGCUGCGAACAAUUUCCAUAACGUGGACAAGGUCGCUGCUUCAUCUAAUGCGUAAUUCAACCGGGUGCCAGCGUUGAUUUUGAUUAAGAUCUAGUCACGUUUGAAGCCCAAAGUAAGAAGAACGUGAAACUGGUGAAAAUUUCGAGUUUCGUUUAGAGUCACAUCAAAAGUCGAAAUUAUCGCGAAAUUUGCUGUUGAUCGUCGUAGAGGAGGCGUUCACCGGAAAUCAAAGCAUUCAAAUGUAUCCCCAUUUGCAAGAAAUGACAUCGAUGACUUUUGAACAAGGCAUGCCGAUAUCCGAUAUACUUAAUCUGCCUCUUAAUCGGUAAGUUCAUGUUCUUCACAAAAAGGUGAAGGGCCUGAAUGAUUGCCAAUUCCCCAUUAACGUAUACACAACGUAUGCUAAAUGAAAUAAGACCAAAGUUGCUUUUGGUGCAGUCACGAGAACCAUGAAGUACAAUAUUAAUUUGUUUCGCAUUGAUUAUCCUAUGGAAAAGUUAGAUAUUUUGGGGAUUGGUUUGAUACAAAGAUGAAAGAUGAUUGCACAAUCAAUCAUAAACUCCCACACGUGUGGUAUGGAAAUUUAGUUACUAUGUCCUGGUGGGAUGACUUAUGGCUAAGCAAAGGUUUUGCUUUUUUUCUGAAGCAUAAGGUCACAGAAGAUGCAAUUCUUCCUGGUUGCCAAGUCACGGAUCUGUUCUUAGUCGAACAAAUGCAUUCUGCUCUUGCAACCGACGCGGAACUGAGCUCGCACCCUAUCGUUCAAACUGUUAAGAACAUCGACAAAGUAACUGCAAUAUUCGAUGAAAUAUCUUACAAAAAGAUGUUCUCGUUAAUUAGAAUGAUGGAGAAUUCCAUAAAACCAACAAUUUUCGAAAAUGAAAAUUACUUAGAUCUAAAGAAACUUAUGUACCAAAACCCGGAGGCCGCUUAUCUCUUCAAAAUAUUACAAGAAUGCUCGCUGGAUAACUUGAACGUGACAGCUAUAACAGAUACGUGGACCAGACAGAAAGGAUUUCCGGUGGUGAACGUGAAGAAAUCUGGUAAUAAAUAUAUAUUGACGCAGAAACGAUUCUUGAACGAUCCGGAUGCUGACUGUGAUCCAUCGGAAUCUGAAUACAGGUACAGAUGGACCAUUCCUAUUACUUACAUCACUAACAAGAUAUCCACACCUACUCUUGUAUGGUUCGAUAAAGAUGCCAAAGAUCUGGUGAUUGAAUUGGACGACCCAGUUGAGUGGAUCAAGUUCAACGCACACGAAGUCGGAUAUUAUCGUGUUAACUAUGAAGAAAAAGAGUGGAAUACUCUUUACAAUAUUCUUCGAUGCCAACAUGAGACAUUGUCGGCGCUUGAUAGAGCGCAUCUUCUGGAAGACGCGUUCAGUUUAGCCUACACUGGGCAACUCGAUUAUAUUCUGGUUAUGAAUAUGAUGAAGUACCUGAAACGAGAAAAACACCCUAUUCCAUGGUGCGUGGCUUCCUCGAAGUUAAUGUACAUUUAUACUCUCUUGAACGAUGGGAGGAUUUUCUCGAAGGCAUUCAGGAGAUAUGCGGGAGACUUGGUAGACAACACGUACCGUGAAAUAGGAUGGGAAUUGAAGGAAGUAACAGACACUAAAAGCAAAAGUUAUGCAGAUAUAAGACUUCAAAAGACAAUCUUGGAAUUCGCCCUCGCUGUGGAACACAUAGAUUGUUGUAUCGCAACCGAACGAAUAUUCAUAAAAUAUUUCUGUGGUGCGUUUGAACAAGAUCAAAUAGAAUACGUUCCAGCAAACCCUUAUGUCCGUGAUCUUUUCUGUUAUUACGGAAUGCAUUACUUUGGCGAUUUAUCAGUAUGGGAAGUAGUAUUCAAACAAUUUAUAGCUGAAAACGAUAGGAUGGAAAAACUGAUGUUGAUGCGUACGCUCACCGCGAUCAAGGACACUUCGAUUUUGGAACAAUUCAUCGUAACGGCCACAGACGAGAAAUACGUCGGCGCCCAAGACUUCCUCAGUUGUUUAAUCGCCAUGUCGGAAAAUCCCGUAGGAACACCAGUAGUCUGGGAAUGGGUGCGUUCCAAUUGGGAGUUCCUAGUGGACAGAUAUACCCUGACCGACCGGCAUCUCGGUUCGUUGAUCCCAUCAAUCACGAAGACGUUCGCCACGCAGACAAGUUUAGACGAAAUGGAAUGCUUCUUCGCCAAGUAUCCCGAUGCUGGUGCUGGCGCCAUGCAUCGCGCGAAAGCAUUAGAGACAGUAUCCAAUAACAUAAAAUGGCGAGCCAGGUCGUGUGAUAAGCUGGGAAUGUGGUUACUUCGAUACAGAAUAGAAAAGUGAAGAAGGUCGAUAUAAAGGCGUUUAUUAUUAUUGCAAAUUAUAUCAAAAGCAUGUAAAAUUUUGUCUUAAUCGACGGAAUUUGCAAAGGAAAGAAGAAGUUUUAUACGCAGGAUGGUACUAUUAUGAAAGUGAGAAGAAGAAUAAGAUUUACGUUUGUCUUUUGUUAAUUUAACUCAAGAAAGACUAAAGAGAAGGAGAAAUAUGUUGUGUAAUCAUUUUCUAGAAGAAUUAUCAAAGAUUGUAAUUUCUUGCAAUUUGAAAAUUUACUUUUAGUUCGUUACUUUAGUUGAGUUAGUAUUGUGUAAAAAAGAGAAAUAUGUGCAAGAAUUUCAUUAGAAGAUAAUUGUUUCAAGAACGGAAGAACAUCGGGGAAAUAAUAUACACGUAUAUUAUAAUACAACAAUAUUUAUACUUAUUUGUAAGCAAUCCGUAUUCUUUCUUUGAUAAACAAAACGUCCUGAAGCAAACGAAGUUGCUCGUCGUUUCAACGAAUGAAAUCGAUGCUAUGUUUCGUUCCACGGAUCAAAGGGUAAUCAACAGGAUAAAUCGAGCCAUUAUAAUUGUUCUUCCCUCCCGGAUCGUACAAUUGGAUUCACUUCUAUUGGACGAUCAUGAUCAACGUUGUCAACAAAGACAAGCGGAACUUUAAUUCAUCCUGUCUGUCGCGUUUCCGUGUCUUCGUGACUUUAUAGAACGUGUUUUACCUUCGCCUGUCUUCGACAGUUAAUGGCUUGACAUAUAACCAUGUUCUAUAUCCGUCAAUGUCGUCAGUUUAGAAUAGUCCACACUGAAAAGGGCAACUAUUAAAGUCACUGCAUAGAAUGAAAUGUUAGCUUUGUCGAGCUAUGGUCGGAGUUUCUACUAGAAUUGAAAAUAUUGUGGACGAAUAACUGUAUUAGCGAGAAAUUAUAUUGUCAAUGAUUUUUUAUUUCAUCAUAUCUUUUUAUAUUUCUUAUUCAAAUCUUUCUGUCGUCACCUGGAAGAUAUAGAAAUACAUACAUCUAAUAGGAAAAGAUACAAAACUAAUUGAAUGAUAUUAGAUUCACUUUGUUUCUAUGAAUAAUACCAGUUUUUUUAACAAAUUUGCAGAGACUUCUUUACCUUAAUAAUAAUAUUUGUACUUUAUAUAUUAAAAUAGUAUUUCUAUUCUAUCUAUAACUCUAAACUCUAUUUCAUAUAACGCUCGAACGCAAUUUUUAAUUGAAGUUCUACUUUCGUAGAAUAUUUUUACAAAAUUGAAGAACAACUUCAAAUAAAUGGCAACAAGUCGAAUAGUAAACCGCAGAAAAAUUUCACAAUUGUAAUUUAACCAAUCAUUAGAAUUUGGUGGAACAUUUAUAUCACGAAAAUUGAUCGUUAAGUACAUAAUUCAAACCUCUGAAUUUCUUAAAUGCUUGCAAUCGUUAUUGUAUACAACUAUCUAUUUGUUCUUCCGCUAUCAUCGAUUUCCCGCACAACCCAGGGGUCUCAUAAUCUGUCAAUUGAUCCGUCAUUGACAAAACGAGCUGCACAAAUUGAUUCGUUGCACAAAUGGAGGUCGAAAUUAAGCCUCCGCAAAUAUCGAAGCUCAAUUAUGAGAGUAAGCUUACAGAUCUCUUUUCGAAGAAAUAAACCGAGUAAAAAGUUGCUCGUACAAUUAAAUUUAUGUUUCAGUAAAUUAACAAAUCGAAAAACUUUUACAAUUUUAGAUAUUAUCAGAUUUUAAUUUAAUACUAAAAUAACUUUGCAAUUUUCUUACCAAAAUAAUUCUGAUAGUAAAGAAUAUUAUAAAAAUUCUUUUACAGCAAAUUCUGUUACUACUAAUCCGUCGAAGAAUUGAAUUUUAAUCAUACAUUUGUACAGUGCGAAAAGAUUGUCUAGAAAUGAAUAAGUGUUUGGAUUGAUAUGAUUGGGAUGGUGCAAAUGAUGCACAUGAUCAAAGUGCAUGAUCAAGUGCAAAUGAUCUGGAUGGUGCAAAUAUUUUCGUUUUCUUCAAACAUGUUCGUGAGGCAAAACAGAUAAAAUUCGUGGCUGUCCCCCGCGAUCCAAGAUCUAGUUAUCCGAAUGAGGUCAAUGAUAAUUCAUUGCGUAAUCAACUGCCAAAGGUUAAUUCAUGAAUAUCGAGGAAGAUUCGGCGUUGAUAACGCUGCGCAAACUCGAUCACACGACUAUUUUCGUUCGCCAAAUAAGCAACAAAUUUGCAUAUCAUUUAUCCUGUAUUGCGAGAAAUUUAAAAAAGCAAGAACUGAAACAACGAAUCUACUUGAACAUCAUUUUAUCAACAUCUUUUAAUCGGCGAAUUUAACAAACCAAUUAUUGAACAAUAAAUUUCAACAAUUUUCCAACAUUAGUAAUUAUAUAGAAAGAAAAUGACUAAGAAACUAACUGAUAUUUUCGUGCAUUGCGGUGGAUUUAAGAAACCAAAUAUCUGAUGGUGUAAUGUAAUUUGAAUAGUCUUUUUUCAAUAUCUAUUAAUCAACGAAGUAAGUACGACUAAGUAACAUCGAGUAAUAAAUUUUGUUAAACGAUC